UGCAAUUUUGUUGAUCUUUAAAAAACUCAAUCGGAUGCGACAUUUUUACCAAAUUCCCGAACAGGAAAACCCUAAUAUCUGUGAAGAACGAAUAAUAAAACCAGUGAGGUAUGUCGUACGACGAUGUGGAGAUUGAGUACAUGGAGUGGAACAACGAGCUCCAAGCUUUCACAUAUCCUUGUCCAUGCGGCGACCUGUUCCAAAUCACAAAGGAAGAUCUGAAGCUAGGCGAAGAGAUCGCUCGUUGCCCUAGUUGUUCCCUUUAUAUCACCGUUAUCUAUAAUAUGGAAGAUUUUAUCGGAGAUUCCAAGAAACACGUUGAGCCUCAAAUCGCUUGAGAACCUCAAAGUUUCCUUUUUUUGUCCAAUUGAAGAUUUUGGUAUCAUAUUGUAAUACAUAGUGAUUCCAACGGGCUUAACUGCCUGAAAUUUUGAUGU